AUGAGUCUCUCACGGACUAUUCGCAGCGAGACAUGUGCCGCCUAUCGCCGACUCCUCGGUGUGGUGCACACGGUGACCCGUGACUGCCCCCUGCAUCAAACAGAGGGGCUCACGCGGUAUGUCGCCGCUCGCUUCAUCGACGCGGCGGAGCACAACCGACGACGGUACCUCAAGUUGCGUGAGGAAACCCUCCUACAGGGCCACAGGAAGAACCGGCGCCAACAACUACAGCAACAACAGCAGUUGAAGGCAUUGGAUGCUAAAUUUGAACGGUUUAUCGCGAAGGAGCUGCAAAAAGUGCGACAAUUGUCGGAGGAGAUCCUCCUCGCGCCGGGCAACCGCGCCCUUACCUCUAUACUGCAGGUGCUCUCCGCUGGCGUCGGCAACACGCACUACCAGCAGACCAUGGAGCAGAACUACGUGCAAUACUGCCGCUUCGAGAGCCAGCGGGUGGAGCGGGACGAGGUGGAUGAGAUGGCCACCUCGGAGCGGCAGAACCGCAUCAUGCAGCAUGCCCUCAUUCCGUACGGUGAGCGGCUGCUCUUUAUCCACCGCCUCGGAAGCACGAGCGACGGCGGUGAAGAACGCAGGCACAACACGCUGACGCCAUGGCAGAUGACAGAGGCCAUCGUAGGUACCCGCAGCGGCGUCACGGCGCACCACAUGUCGCACGGGAAGGAGGAUGUAGUGCUGGAGGUCGACGAGACGUACAACAAGCAGAUCGUCUACGUGCGGUGCGAGCCGUAUGACUGGGGUCGCGAGGUGGAGCGAGUGGAGAUCAUGGAGGCGGAGGAGGUGCGUGGUACCGUCUUCCACGCGGAGUACCUCAGCGUCGCGCUGCGGCUGUGCGACGCCCUGCAGGCGGAGACACCGCUGCAUGCCUACCGUGCCACUGUUGUCGUUGGGCACGGUGUAGGUGGCGCCGUGGCGUUCUGUAUGGCGCUCCUGCUGCACGCGCGCGGCUUUGACGUGAAGAACUGUGUGACCUUUGGCGCCCCGAAGGCGGUGCAGCAGACUCUUGCGCGGUACGUGCAUGCCAUCAAUCCUGUCCGCGUCGUGCUGGAGGGUGAUCCACUGAUUGAUCUGCCGGUUACGGGGGCUGAGGGCGAUUCCUUCGUCCACUAUGGUGAGAUCCUGAUGAUGGCCUCAGCCGCGCAGCCGAAACAGCAAGAGGCAGAUGAAGUAGAGGAAGGCGGGCAGAACAACGCGGGUGAUACAACUGCAAGUGACCCUCUCACCGCCGAGGCACUCGACGACCUUCUAGCACCAGACGCUUCACCACCGCAGCAGAUGACAAACGUAGAAGGGGAAAAGAACCUGAAGGCUGCGCAGCAGGAGGCAAUUACGGAUGAAGAGGACAUGGACGAAGACAUGUCAGAGAUGCUUCAGAUGGCGGCACUGCGGUAUGCAGCAGGCUUCCUGCCGGAGCACUACAUUGAGCACUUCACUGAUACGACGGUGCCGUUGACGUACGCAGAGGGUGACGAGGUCUGGGAUGAAGGUGAUUACGCGCAGAUGAGGCGCGAGACACUGCGGCAGUUCCACGUGCCCGGUUCACAGCAAUGGCGAGAGGAUAUAAAGAGUCCUUUGUAG